AUGAGCAUGAACAAAAGUCCAAAGAUCCGAAGGAUAAUGAAGCUUCAUGAUCAAAAGGUACAGGAAAGCUUAUUGAUGAUGAUGAGGAGGAAGAAUAGGAUGAAGGGGCAAAGAUUAAGCCUUGAUUUUCCUAUAACUCCAAAGGCGUUCUUGUUUCGAAGUUUUGACACAGUUGAUAAAGCUCCUGAUUCUGAUAAUGAUGCCAAUCUUAUGCUUAUCUCCUUUUAUCUGAAGCAUGGCAAGCCCCAAUAUCAAACUUGGAGUUCUAAGAAGAUUACGACAGUGAAGGUUUUUCGCCCCAUUGAAACUGAAAGCUUCCUGAUAUUAGAUUCAAAACAACUAGAGGAUGAACAGAAAUGUGAACCUAUUGUGGUGCAUCUGAAAAGGAUGCUAAUCUCGUACAUUCAAGAAGUUGGAAAAAUGGAUGUAGAGAUUGAGGUAGUUCUACGAAAGAAGCAUGUUGUUAAACCGAAAGAAUCUUUUAAGGACAUCAACAAGAUGAAGCUCGAAAGGAUUGAGAAGGAAAAUUGGAGUGUAAUGUUUCAACAAAGUUCUAGAGAUAGUUCGAAUGUUUAG